UUCAAAUUGGCGUAAACGGAAUGUUCAAACAAGGCCGAGAGUAGCUGAUAGUACUUAUAUGGGGUAAAAUAUGUAUUUAUAGAACGUAACAGAUUUUAUUUUAGUAAUGACAAACUAUAUGCAUUUAAAGAUAACAUAAUAAUCAGCAAAUAACUGACAUGUGAUAACUAUUAACGAUCAAUUAACGGACGUAUACGAGCUAAAGGCCAACAGUCAUGGCUGUUUCCGGAGUGUUGCUGCUCUGCGCGUGUCUGCUAGUCGGAGAGACGCGCGCAAUCAUGACGUACACGCCGCCUAAAACGUUGAGGACCACGACCCGUAUGGGUGUGAGGACUCCACAACGAACCAUGAUUUCUAGCCGUAUACACUCUUUAAGACCGACCAGCGGCGUUACAGCCUCUCAAAAGCCGCCGGAGAAACACACAACGAUUCUCGUCUCCUCAACACCAUUGACAACUGCCGUGCCGCUUACUCUGAAGCCUGUCCACAAGCAGACAACCGCCGCCAUGAUGUCGACUCCCCCUACGCCACCGGCACCACAGACGGCGACUGCUCAUGUUCGGACGGCGUCCACUUUUCGACCACCAACACCGCCGUCGGUACCCCAACCUGCAACCGCCACAGCCUCGCCAUCACCGGCCAAUUUGUCAUUAGAAAAAAUAACAAUUAUACUCUUCGCAAUUUUGAUGGUUGUUUCCGUGAUCCUGGUGGUCAUCACAUCCCGCUGCAUGUUCGACCUCAAGACUCACCUUACAAAUGCCCAGAAGUACAGCCCUUUACAGGCGAAAACAGUGCCUGUAUGACAUCACCAACCUGACGUCACCACCAGAACAGCUUGCUUUAAUGUGCUGAAGCCAGCUAUUUAUGUGCCAAAUGAUUUAAAACAAGAUGAAAAAAUGUAAAAUUUGAUUAUGUGUAUUAUGAACGUCUCAAUUUAAUAACGCACUAGACCGGUACAUGUGCACACUGUCUGCGUCCGAUGUUUGCAUCACUAUUUCGCAUGUUAACCAUAAUCCAUGGGUCCGCGCAAACUAACAGACAAUCGGGUUUUAUGCAUAGUGUUUACAUUUUAUAAAACAUUAAUAGACUUAAACGUUCCGUUUUUGUGGUAUGCUUUGCUUGAUAACAAUUUGUGUUUCUAUCUAAGUUCAUUAAUUUAAAAAUAUAAACGAUA